GCGGCGGCGGGGGCCGGGCCGGGCCGGGCGGUGCGUCCCUCCCGCCGCGGCUGCCAGCGCCGCCGGCACCAUGGGCUGCUGCUGCCGCCUGCUCUUCCUCGCCCUCCUCCUCCUCCCGGCAGGACUGGGCCAUGACUCCCCAGAGCCACCCCUCAUCCCCAUCCGCCCCCCCUUGCUCUGGGGGGGUGUCCCGGUGAAACCAGACUCCAGGGAUGUCCCCACACCGGCUCCAGGCCACCCCGAGCCGCCCGUGUCCACGGGACCUUCCGGAGACGGGACGUCCUCCAGGCCCCUGGAAGGGGACGGCCACAAUGCCAGCACGCCCGUGGCAGCCCCGUCCCCUGCUCCUGUCACCGUGAGCUCCGCGGCCACAGCAGAAGGUCCCUCCGUGGCCUCCAGCCCCAGCUCGGUGCCACCCGCCUCGGAGGCGGCCCCGGCUCCCCGGACAGCAAACCCUGCCAGCCUAGCAAGAAGCACCGCGGAUUUGGGGACAGCUGCCAGCCCCACAGACCUGGCUGUGCCAUCACCUCCCACCUCCCUUCCCAGCAGCCAGCCCACCUCACCCCCCGGGCUGGGCCCAUCCCCGACACCCGUCCUCGAGAGCCCUGCCGCUACCCAGCCGCCGCCGCUGCCCAAGGAUGUCCCUUCCCUGGGGACACUGGCCAUGGCAUCCAGCCUGGCCAUGGAGCCAACGUCCCCCCCAGUGACUGUGAUGAGCCCCACGGAAGCUGAGGCCACGGCCUCGGAGAAAACCACCGGGGUGACCAUGGAGGAGGUCCCGCGUGCCCUGAGCGCAGGCAGCAUCGUGGCCAUAACCGUGACGGUCAUCGUGGUGGUGGUGCUGGUGUUCGGGGCAGCUGCGUACCUCAAGAUCAGGCACUCCUCCUACGGAAGGCUUCUGGACGACCACGACUACGGCUCCUGGGGCAACUACAACAACCCUCUCUACGAUGAUUCCUAGCAGGGAUGAGGACACAAACCCCAUAAACCCUUAAUUUAUAAGCGCUUCUGCAGCAGAGCAUCCGCUGUCGAGGAGAUGCCGGGCACGGAGCCCCUGCCUCAGGCGGGAUUACCACGGGUCUGCUGGAUGGCAGGAACUGGAGGGCAGUGCUGACAAUAAACAUGAAUUUUGGCCUUGGAGCAGGAAACCAGGUCCUGGGGCAGGCCAGCCACUUGUUGUAGACAAGGGAAGCCAAGUUCCCCAGGGGGAAGGGCUGGGGAGGUUGAGGGAGAGGAUGGAGGUUCAGCCAGUGCUGUGGCAUCCUUGGAAAUGCUGCUGCUCUGUGAUCUGGGGGGGAGUGGGGGGCUGCUGAGCCAGAGCCAGCAGUGUGCCGGGGUCUCCUGUGCUUUCACAUGUCCCUUUCCCUAUAAUCACUUCCCUGUGUUGCCCUGCCAUGAAAUCCUUUGCCUUGUCUCCCCAGGAACCAUGAACAGCUAUGGGGCUGCUCAGUCACUGCUACUUUUCUUUUCCUGCAGGUGCUUCCAUGCAGAAGUUCCUAAUUUAAGUUUUUCCAUUUAAUUGUGGGGGUUUUGGUCCCAAAAGCAGCCCAGGAGCCCACGGGAAGAUGCACUGACCAUCCAUUUCACACACGUGGCUGCUCGCUCCACAGCUUUGUUCCCAUUCCUCAAAAAAACUUGGCUGCUAAAAUACAGCGGAGUGUUCUUGUAAUCCCCAA